AUGAAACCCGUGAGCCUUAGUUUUGCAGAGUUUCGAUCAUGCCACUUGCUUCUUGGGAUUGCUCUUGCGCUGUGCUUUAACCGAGUUUCCUGCACCACCAAUGAAACAGACAGACUCGCGCUGCUCGCCUUUAAGGCCGGCAUAUUCGAAGAUCCUUUUAGGGUGCUCAGCUCAUGGAACGAUAGCAUUGGGUUUUGCCAAUGGUAUGGCGUUAUAUGUGGCAGGAGACAUCAGAGGGUCACGGUGCUGGACUUGCGAUCACAAGGACUGUUUGGAUCAAUCUCUCCUCAUAUCGGAAACCUCAGCUUCUUAGGGGAAAUGUGGCUGCAAAACAACAGUUUCAAUCAAGAAAUCCCUCCACAGCUCGGCGGUUGCGCCGCCUACAACGAACUAACUGGAGAAAUUCCUAGAGAGCUUGGGUCAUUGCUGAAGAUACGGGAGUUCGCUUUGGAUCGUAAUAAUCUUACCGGAAGUAUGCCUUCCUCCAUUGGGAACUUAUCUUCACUAGAGAUCCUUUUCUUGAGCGAGAACAACUUGAGCGGGAGCAUUCCCCAAGUUUUAGGCCACUUGAAAAACUUGCAAUUCAUUGGCUUUGCAGCAAACAGAGUGUCGGGUACGAUUCCAUCUUCAUUACUCAAUCUCUCUUCCUUAACUCAGUUUGAUGCUAGAUCCAACCAGAUACAGGGGACACUUCCUGCAAGCAUAGGUCUCAAACUCCCAGAUCUUGCAGAUUUUAGCAUUUUCGGGAACCAACUUCAGGGACCAAUUCCUCCAUCGAUAUCAAAUUGCACAAAGCUAGAUAUUCUUCAGCUUGGAGAUAAUAGAUUUUCUGGAAAAGUACCUUCUUUAGAAAAUUUGUAUAAUCUUAGUUGGCUUCAAAUCCUUCGUAAUCAGCUUGGUAGUGGAGAACCUGAAGACUUGAACUUCCUUUGCUCAUUAACUAACAACAGCAAAUUAAGGUACGUGGGAAUCAGCAGGAACAAGUUUGGCGGAGUGUUGCCUAUAUGCGUAGGUAAUUUAUCCAGCACUCUCAUGGCAUUCGAUGUACGCAAGAAUCAAAUAUCUGGAAAGAUUCCGGAAGAAAUUGGGAAUUUUGCCAACGUGGAAGUGUUGUAUAUGAAUCUCAAUAAGCUUUCAGGUGUUAUCCCCUCAAAUUUGGGAAAUCUACGAAAUCUAUCAAAACUGCUUUUAAGUGAUAACAACCUAGGAGGGACUAUUCCAUCUUCUUUAGGAAAUCUAAGCAAGUUGAUUUACCUAUUCCUUGAUGGGAACAACUUUCAUGGGCAAAUUCCUCCACCUCUAUCAAAUUGCCUGUCUCUUAAUUGGCUUGAUCUGUCUAAUAACAAUCUCAGUGGUGUUAUACCCUCGCAACUUAUGAGUCUUUCAUCAUUAACAAUCAUUUUGAACUUAUCUCAAAACCAUUUGACUGGGGUUCUACCCCCAGAAGUUGGCAACUUGAGAACUUUGACUGCGUUGGAUAUCUCGAACAAUUUAUUGGUAGGUGAAAUCCCAAGUAGUCUAGGUGAUUGCACUUCAUUGACAUCACUGAGGAUGGGAGGCAACUUCUUCCAUGGGUUGAUUCCUCAAUCAAUCAGAUCGUUAGGAGGUAUUGAAGAACUAGAUCUUUCAUGCAACAAUUUGUCGGGUCAAAUUCCAGAAUUCUUAACAGUAUUUCGUUCCUUGAAACUUUUAAAUUUAUCCUACAAUAACUUUGAAGGCGUGCUGCCACGUGAAGGAGUCUUUAGGAAUGCUACUGGUACUUCUAUUUUUGGGAACAAUAAGCUUUGUGGUGGGCUAUCGGAAUUUCAUCUCCCUAAUUGCAUCUCCAAAAGCUUCAAGAGUAGAAAGAUCAAUUUAGUGAUAUUGUCCACUUCUGUUAUUCUCGGAGUUCUCGGAAUAGCUCUUAUUCUAGCUUUCGUAUAUCUUUGUUGGUUGAAGAAGACGGUGAUGGAACCAGUUUCAAGUUCAAGGGAUGAUUCAUGUCCAAAUGUAUCUUAUGGAACACUCCUAAAAGCAACCGAUGGUUUUUCUUCAACAAAUUUGAUUGGUGCUGGAAGCUUUGGUUCUAUUUAUAGGGGUGUACUUGAGGUCAGUGAAACUACUGUUGCCGUGAAGGUGCUUCAUCUAGUCUAUCAUGGUGCUUUGAAGAGCUUCAAUGUCGAAAAGAGACAUUAA